UCGAUUCAACAGCAAAAACAAAAGCUUUGCUUUUCUUUGGAAUUUUAACAAAUAAAUAUUUACAAUGACUGUCCAUAAAUUGUGCUGCACUUUGGCUAUAGGUGUUAUCAUGUGCCUGGCUUUUGCGGCUCUGAUACAAGCGCAGGAUAAGUUCCUGGAUGAAGUGUGCCUGGGCUGCAUCUGCGAGGCCAUCAGCGGCUGUAAUCAGACACGAUACUGCGCUGACGGCGUCUGUGGCCCAUUUCGCAUCACCUGGGCCUACUGGGCGGAUGGCGGCAAGCUGACCCUGAACAACGAAAGUCCCCAGUCGGAGGAGGCCUUUGCCAAUUGCGUCAACGAUCCCUAUUGCGCGGCCAACACCAUCCAGAACUACAUGACCAAGUUUGGACAGGAUUGCAAUGGCGAUGGCGUCGUCGACUGCUACGACUAUGCAUCAAUACACAUCCUGGGUGGCUUUGGCUGCAAGGGCGAACUGACACCACAAUAUAAGACCUCACUGAAUGAGUGCAUCAAGACACACUCGAACAUUGAUGUGCGCAUAUUGUAAUAAUUAGAUUAAGAGCGAGUCCCAAUAGAUAAUGCAAUAAUAACUGACAAAACGACUCAGUGAUGAGGCGCAACUGUUUGGCGAAACGCGAGAAGUCACAAACUGAUUUUCCGGAUUCAUAUAUUUAUUAUUCUAUAAAUAUUGCAGUAGAUAAUGAAAAAUUCACGUGGUUGAUUGUCGGAUUCUCAUGAGCAUAUUGUAUUCUUGUAAAAACCAGUUUAUAGUUUAUAUUCAUAUAGUAUAAAAUUAAAAAAAAAAAA